CCCAGAUUGGAACGACCGAUGCCGAGCAUUUCCGGAGCCCACCAAAGAUGCGCCCGAAGCUUACCCCUCGCAGUUGAUGCAUCAACGAUACAUAUAGACACCACACGCAUGUACAUAUCCGCACACGCACCAUUCUCUCCUCGUCAUGUCGUACACCUUUGUCCCCCCAACCACCUACAACGAGCCUUCGUACGAGUAUGCGAAGGGUUCGCCGGAGCGGCCUCUGGUCGAGCAGGCGCUGAAGGAGAUGAAAGCGCAGAUGCCCAUUGAGAUCCCCUGCGUCAUUGGCGGCAAGGAGAUCAAAACCGGCAACCUCAUGGAUCAGAUCCGCCCCGACGACGUGAAGGGUACCCCGCUUGCGCGCUUCCACGCCGCAACCCCGGAGAUCGUAGCCGACGCCAUCACGCGCUCCGUGAAGGCCCAGCGCAAGUGGGCCGCAACUCCCUGGUACCAGCGUGCCACCACGUUCCUGCGCGCCGCCCAGCUCGUCACCGGCAAGUACCGUUGGCAGCUGAUGGCCGCGACUAUGCUCGGACAGGGCAAGAACGUCUGGCAGGCCGAGGUCGAUUGCAUCGCCGAGCUCGCCGACUUCUUCCGCUUCAGCGUCAAGAUCGUCGACGAUGGCUACAAGCAGCAGCCGAUGACUGUCGUCCCCGACGCCAUCAACCGCAUCGAGUACCGCCCCAUUGAGGGCUUUGUUCUGGCUGUCUCGCCCUUCAACUUCACCGCCAUCGGCGGUAACCUCGUGACCGUGCCGUCGAUCCUCGGCGGCGUUGCCAUCUGGAAGCCCUCGCCCAUGAGCAUGUACUCCAACUACCUCACACACAAGAUCCUCCUUGAGGCUGGUGUUCCCGGAGACGUCAUCCAGUUCGUCCCAGGCGACGCUGAGGCCAUCGUCAACCAGUGCAUCGAGCACCGCGACUUUGCUGCGCUCCACUUCACCGGUUCAACUCAUGUCCUGCGCAAUCUCUGGGCUCGCGUCGGCGCCAAUGUUCACAAGUACCGCUCGUUGCCGCGCAUCAUCGGCGAGACUGGCGGCAAGAACGCGCACCUGCUGCAUUCAAGCGCAGACUUUGAGUCCACGAUCAUUCAGUCCAUCCGCGCCGCCUUCGAGUACCAAGGCCAGAAGUGCUCAGCCUUGGGCCGUCUCUAUCUCCCUCGCUCGCUCUACAAGGCAGGCUGGCUCGACCGCUUUGUGGAGGAGACCAAGAAGAUCCAGCAGGGCGCAGUGGAGGAGUACACCUCCUUCAUGGGCCCCGUGAUUAACGAGCGCUCGUUUGACAACAUUAUGGGUCUGAUCGGCCAGGCGCAGGCCGAAGGAGGCAAGAUCUUGACCGGCGGCACCGGCGACAAGAGCAAGGGGUACUUUGUUGAGCCGACCAUCAUCCUCACGGAGGAUCCCAAGUCUGUAACGAUGGUCAAGGAGAUCUUUGGCCCUGUCGUCACCGCAUAUGUUUACGAGGAUGAUGAUUUCCUCAAGGUCUGCGACCUUCUCGACGACACGUCCGAGUAUGCCCUCACCUGCGCUCUUUUCGCGCAGGACCCCAAUGCCCUUCUUCAGGGCGCCGAGGCACUCAAAUGGUGCGCCGGAAACCUCUACCUCAACGAGCGCACCCCCGGUGCCGUCGUCGGCCAGCACCCCUUCGGCGGCUCGCGCUCCUCGGGCACCAACGACAAGAGCGGAACCUGGGCGCACUUCUCGCGCUUCAUCUCCGCCCAGGUCGUCAAGGACAACCUGGCUUCUCCCCCCAAGGAGUUCACCUACCCCUCCAACGUUGCUUAAGUUUGUAAAGCGUUUGGUUGUUGUUAUGCAUCGGUCCUGUCG